GCAGUUUUCAACGAAAGAUCAUGACAAUGAUCACCACAAUUGCAGCUGCAGCGAAAUCUUCAAGGGAGCCUGGUGGUACGUCGCCUGUCAUGCGUCUAAUCUGAACGGAUUGUACCUUGGGGGUCCACAUAAGUCUUAUGCAGAUGGUGUGGAAUGGAACGGUUUCAGAGGCCACUACUACUCUCUGAAACGCACUGAGAUGAAAUUGAAAAUCAAAAAAUGAACUGUGCUCGAGGGUAACCGAGAAGAAAAGCAUUUGAACUUAGAUUCACCGUAAAUGCUAUACAUUGGUGGAGCAGGGGGAGGGGGGGAACGUUAGUCGAACGCGAGCCCCCCCUUCCACCCAUGCACUGAACUUACACAGUAAAUGUACUUAACGUGAUAUGCAGUAGCCCAAAAUCGUUUUUAUCCCAUUUUUAAUAGUUUUAUCUAAAGUUGUAUUCCAUUAUAACAUGUAGUAGACGUAACCACGAGCUCAUUUCUAUUCAGAGUUUAUAUUCAAUAAUAUCUUAACGCUGAAUUUUAAUUUUCCUGAUUUUAUAUGAAGUUGCGGCUCAGUUAACAGCCGGAUGGUGCAAUGGUGCGGUAAGAGCCUUCGCUUCCCACAACUCCUCCUGAAUUUAAUUCCCGAACCUAACAUUACGUAUGGAUUGAUUUAGUUGUUUUUUCUUUAUGCUUUUUUAUCGUCCUCACUGCCAAAGGUUCUUCGGCACUACAUUCUCCGCAGAAACAAAAUUCCCGAUAUCAAUUUGACCGGAACAGUGACUGAAAAAGAAAUAUAUUCCUCUAAAAACGAAUUAUUUAUUGUUAAUUAAUAUCAAAUACGCAUUUAACCACUUUUUCCAUUUUUUUCUCAGUAUGUGCAUGUUAUAAGGUCGAAAAUGCUGAUAACUGAUCCGUCAAAAAAGUCUUAUGUCUCUAAAUACAAUAGACUGGCAACCAUCAAAUGUUUUUUUCAAUGGUUCAUUUUUUGCUCCAGCAAGAUGCUGCUUUUGUAUUAACACAUUAAUAUUUAGAUACAGAUUAAGCUAAUGUCAUUUUAAGGAACCGUUACUUUAAAAACACAUUUCGCUAAGAAGGUGUAAUAAAUAUGAUGAUUUUUUUUUUCUUUCUAUAAGCAUCAUGUACGAAUGAAAUUAAAAUUUUUUUUGUUGCAGUGCAAAGUUUAAAAUGCAAUUGAGAAACGCUUAUCUUAGAAAAAAAUCAUCUGAAAAACGCUGGCGUUUGCAAACUACUAGUGUCUUCCUGACCAUUGAUGCUGCUCGCGCGCGCAACAAAACUGCUUUCCUUUUGAAGGCAUUGUUCCCCGCGCGCAAGGCAUUCGUUGCGCAUGUACGUCACCAUUUUAUCCAGUUUCCAUGGUGAAUAAGUAACGGUUUCCAUAAAGUCAACAGACCCCUCGAUUGUUUUCAUUUUGGUACACUCCAUUGUUGCGAAACAAACACUUUGUUACGAUUUUUUGGUCAUUGUUUACAAAGUUUUGUGGACAUAAUGCUUAACUUGACGACAUCAAAGGAAAAACGCAACGCUUCAAUUAAGGAAACCUCUUCAAUUCAUAUCGCUAGAUCGCGAGAGGAGGGAAACGCACGCAACGAAAUCCACACUCCGAAGAAGUCUACGCAGAUGCAAAAUGGCUUACCUAGCCAUUCAACGCCGAAUGACAAAUGUAAAGUACCUGAAUUUUCGUCUCCAAUGUCUCCGGUGCAAAAGUCUGAGGACAUUUCAUCAUCAGCAUCCGAAUCAACUCAAAAAAGCAGUCCUGACGGCUUCAAAGGAUUCACAGUCGAUCCGAUGAGCCAAACCUUUCUGCGCAUGCCACAUUUGUACCACAGCCUGCAAGCGCAGUUGCAACAGAACAAUUCGCCGAAAGUCAAGAGGCCCAUGAAUGCGUUUAUGAUCUGGGCGCGAUUAUACAGAUCGACGAUUGCGAAGCGGUAUCCGAACGCAAACAAUGCGGAGAUAAGCGUCAAGCUCGGCGAGAUAUGGAAUGAAUUGUCCACGGAACAGCAACGACCAUAUUUUGACGAAGCUUCGCGCUUGAAAGAGAAACACAGAAAUGAACAUCCGAAUUGGGUUUAUCAGCCAAGACCGUCGAAAAGACGCUUAGCAUAUAUUACAACGGGUAGCCCCAGUGGGAUACCCUGUAAUACUGAUUCUUAUGGCUAUCACCAUCCUUAUAGUCUACAGGCAGACAGAGGCAACAUGUCGGUAUCUCCUCAGACGAUACGAGAUCGUGCAAAUGCAGGAUCACUCAGCUUUCAGCCAAGAAAUCUUAAAGACGCAUUUAACAUGGCGCAGAUGGAUCGCGUUCCUGCAACAAACAUAACAAGCGCGAGCAGUAAGGCUGCUGCUGACCACGGAUUUGCCAAUAGAGUGUUUACCAGCGCAGAGAGAGACGCCGCACGUGGCAAAGAAAACGAUUGCAUUCCGUUUUAUAGUAAAAAAGAAGAGGAACAAGCCGUGGAUUGGCUGAAAGUUGAAGCGGCAAAAUUCGAAGAGGAGCAAAUGGUGGCAAGACGUGCGCGCGAAAACUGUAUAGUCAAUGACGCAAUGCUCCCUACAGUCAAUCACGAGACCGACGAACAGGAACAAGUAGCAAAGAUCAAACAAGAAAUGGAUAGCGAUGGCACCGAUCUUGACAGAUACCUUGCAGGACUGGAUGAAACUAUCAAAGAAAGCCUUGAAAAACUCAACGACGUUCCCGAUGAACUGGAUUUCCUCGAUGAUGGAAGUUUGGAUAUGUUAAGUGACAUUGAGGAUACUGAGAACGAAUAAUUGACCACGAAUAGUUAACUACGAAUAAUUAAACACGAAUAAUUAACUACGAAUAAUUGACCAUGAAUAAUUAACAACGAAUAAUUAACUACGAAUUAUUAACUACGAAUUAUUAACUACAUAAUAUCUGUAGUUAAAUCUGUUCCAGAGAAUAAAUCAAAACUGACCCGAGUUAAAGGGAGGAAAAAUAUGCUUGAGAAGUUUAAUUGCCUAAAAUUCAAUAAUAAAGCAAAAUAAAGACCUGAGUUUUGAAAAGAGUUUUAUUUGCACUUACCGGAGUAAUUUCUAUGUUUAAAACUCAGAGCCUGUUGUCGUGUUUUCUUUACGUUUCGCCUUCUUUCGAGCAGUAAAGAAAUGAUUAGAAUGGAAGGCUUAGAAUAAGCCUUACUUAUAUGCAGGUAAAAAAAAGAAAAC